GAGAUGGUGCGCCCCGCCUGGACAGCCGCCGCCCCGGCGCCGCCGCGAGCCGCCGCCCUGCGCCCGGGGAAGAGGGCUCCCCGCGCCGGGCGCAGCUGAGCGCCUCCGCCGCCUUAGAUCAACAAUCACAAUCUUGAAGAUUUAAAGGUUCUGAUGGUGGUGGUAAGCCAUGGCGGCAGAUGACAAAGUUGCUAUCUUAACGGAUGAUGAAGAGGAGCACAAGAGAAAGUAUGUGCUUGCUGAUCCAUUUAACGGCAUUUCCAGGGAACCAGACCCACCUUCCAACGAAACACCCUCCUCCACAGACACACCUGCUCAGCCUGAGGAGGAAAUAGACUGGAUAGAGAAACACUGUGUCAAAGUGAACAAUGAUCUUCUGAUUUCCAAGGUUUUCUACUUUUUCUUUUACUCUGCUUAUGGCUCUCUCUACCCCCUUUUGCCUGUGUAUUACAAACAGCUGGGAAUGUCCCCCAGCCAGAGUGGACUGCUAGUAGGUAUUCGAUACUUCAUUGAGUUCUGCAGUGCACCCUUUUGGGGUGUGGUUGCAGAUCGCUUUAAAAAAGGCAAGAUUGUUCUCCUGUUUUCUCUUUUGUGUUGGGUUUUAUUCAACCUGGGCAUUGGGUUUGUGAAACCUGCUACCCUGAGAUGUGUACCAAAGAUUGCCCCAACAACACCUCCCACCAACUCAAGUCACCUGUUUACCAUCCUGCCAACAAAUUCUUCUGGUACCUCCCUCCUCACCACAUCACCAAAAAUACGUGAUAAGAGGAACCUGCUUCCUUCUGAUUGGCCACUAAUCGAAACAGGCCUGAACACCACGGACCCUGUUACCUAUUCAACAGCUUCAAACACCAGUGCAUCUGUCCCGCAACUCCAGACAUAUGGAACAACUCUCCGCCCUGUGGACUUGACCUUGAGCCCAAGCACAGCAACACCUACGUCCCCAGGAAAUGCAACCAGAGAGACAACCACUGUUGUUAUCACUACCACUAAAUCUUUGCCUGCUGACCAAGUCAUUCUUGUGUAUGAUCAGGAGGAAGUUGAAGCUAUAUUCUUGGUGAUUCUGGUAGUUGUCAUAAUAGGUGAAUUUUUCAGUGCCUCUUCUGUCACGAUUGUGGACACAGUGACACUCCAGUACCUGGGAAAGCACAGAGACCGCUAUGGGUUGCAGCGCAUGUGGGGCUCCCUGGGCUGGGGCUUGGCCAUGCUGUCUGUGGGCAUUGGGAUUGAUUACACCCACAUAGAUGUGCUCAUCGAUGGAAAAGGGUGUAAACCCCCCGAGUACCGGAACUACCAGAUUGUCUUCAUCGUCUUUGGUGUUCUCAUGACCAUGGCCUUGAUUGUUGCUACUCAGUUCCGGUUCCGCUACAACCACUUCCAAAGCAAUGAUAAGGGGAAGGAGGUAGAGAUCCCGCAGGUGGAAAGAAACAACUCUGCAGAGUCCUCGGAGGAGACGCCGCCCUCCACAAGCCCCUCGCAGACCUUCAACUUCUGGGACUUGAUCAGACUGCUCUGUAGCGUGCAGUACGGCUCGGUGUUGUUCGUGGCGUGGUUUAUGGGGUUUGGAUAUGGCUUUGUGUUCACCUUUCUCUACUGGCAUCUGGAAGAUCUGAAUGGAACUACAACACUCUUUGGAGUCUGUUCGGUCCUGAGUCACGUAUCUGAACUGACUGCUUAUUUUUUCAGUCACAAGCUCAUUGAAUUGAUUGGCCACAUCAGGGUCCUGUAUAUUGGCCUCGCCUGCAACACCGCUCGCUAUAUUUACAUUUCCUAUUUGGAAAAUGCUUGGACUGUUCUCCCUAUGGAAGUUCUUCAAGGAGUGACGCAUGCAGCCAUCUGGGCAGCGUGCAUCUCCUACCUCAGUGCGGCUGUGCCCCCGGAGCUGAGGACAUCUGCCCAGGGCAUCCUGCAGGGCCUCCACCUGGGCCUGGGCAGAGGCUGCGGUGCCAUGAUCGGUGGUGUGCUAGUCAAUUACUUCGGGGCUGCGGCCACCUUUCGCGGGAUUGGCAUGGCCUGCCUGGUGAUCCUCCUGCUCUUCGCCCUGAUCCAGUGGUUGGCAGUGCCAGAUGAAGAAGAAGACAAGACAAUGUUGGCAGAAAGGAUUCCUGUUCCCUCCAGUCCUGUUCCCAUAGCAACCAUCGACUUGGUACAACAACAGACAGAAGAUGUCAUGCCACGCAUUGAGGCCAGACUUCCGCCCAAGAAAACCAAGCACCAGGAAGAGCAGGAGGAUGUGAACAAGCCGGCCUGGGGGGUCAGCUCUUCUCCCUGGGUGACCUUUGUCUACGCUCUCUACCAGAUCAAAGAGAUGAUGCAGCUAACAAGAGACAGCCGGGCAUCUGAGAUACAGCCACUGCAGGAGACCAGUGAGCAUCGGGAAAACUCGACAACAGGUGGAGCCCAGCCUGCACCCCGUGAGCCUCCCUCCCACCCAUCAGGAAGGCAGCCUCCACCUGACGCAGCAGCAGCAUCUCUGAAGCAGACCAGCCCUGCUCACCUCAGCUUGGGCCCGCGUGCAGCUGAGGGUCAGGAGCCUCAAGCUCAGCCCAGCCAGGGGGGACCAUGAGGACCCUGCUCGACCAGUGUCCUGCAUGGAAUGGGGCUCCACCAGGGUAGGGUAGGGAGCCUCCCAACCUAGGACACACCUAACUAUCCAUCCCACCUGCACCGGACACACAGCACCACACAUGCUUCUAAAUCAGCUAAACUGCUUCAUGCGGGAACUUCAGCCCUCAGGAGCUGCAGUACAAACUGCCCCAGUGUGCUGGGGUGCAGUGAGGACUGGAAUUGGUUGGCUGGGGUUGGCUGGUUGAGGGCCUCUCUCCAAGACCCCGAGGGCAGAAGCCAGCAGCCAGCCAGUGGUAGGGAGCUAAGGUGUGUCACGGGGAUGGCUGAUUUAAUUUCUAUCUUCUGAUUUGGUUCUUGAUGCAAACAGGGAAGAAACACUAUAGAUCUGUAAUUUUGUUUUUCCUUCAAGUAAACCAUUUAAAAAAAAAGAUUUAAAAAAUAACCAGAUACAAGUUACAUAAAACAUACGCUUUUGUUUAAGAAGUUGUUUCAUCAGAGACUUUGCAUCUCCCUAGUAAAUGUAUUUUUCUAUGUGUGUGAUAUACAUUGAAGCAGUCGAUUUCUUGAGCAGUGGAAGCCAUGAGUGGCUACUGCCAGCUUAGCUGAGCUUUAAGAUGCCUUUUGUUUUAAAUGGGCUUUGAAAUGACCAGAAAUGAGGGACUAUUAAAAAAAAAUACAUCAACCAAUCAGUAUCAUGUGGCUUGACAGGCAAGGGUUUACAUCACAUGUUGAUACUGUAAAUAGCUCCCUAUUUGCUAUUUGUAGUAUCUGGGCUCUAAUUAGCUAAUGGGAAUAAAAACAAAUGACUGAAUUCCCAGGGGUUCGUAUAAGGAAGCAGUACUGCAGACAAUUAACAGUAUACGAUUUAAGUGCCUGGGGGAGGGAUACUGUUUUUAAAAAUGACACAAGGGGUCGGUUUGGUUUUGUUUCUGGGGAGGUGGCAAAGAGGAAACCAGCAUGGGAAGAUUAGGGGUAGGAAGUUCUUUGCCAGGAUGAAAAAAAUCUCAGCAUGCUCUUUUCCAAGACACAGUUGGUCAGACGCUGGACAGUGAACACGGAAAUGCAACUGUGCAGUUGGCGAGUACAGCUGGAGCAAUGCCAGGGGCGCCACGAGAAAGCUUGCUGUCGCUGAACAUGGCAGCGGAGGUGGACAGGAAGCGCUGUGGAACAGGAAGGCUGCUAUAGCUGAAGGAAGAUCGGUUUUAUUGUGUCCAAUAGUGGUGGACGAGGCCAGGGCAGGAAGCAAAGACCGGGAGUUCUAGAUGGGUGCCUCCCCUUACCCUGUGACCUUGGUCACACAGGGUCCGUGUAGACGGGGGUUCUCCAUGACACUUCAGUUCUGCCUGAGACUGCACCUGGGAGAAAGAAAUGCUACACAAGCAUAUCUCACUUCACCACAAGCCACAGCUUAAAAUGUAGGUGGAAGAAACAGAACUAAGCAAAUAGUUAUUUUUGCACUUGAACUGAAAUGUACUGUACUGUAAAUUAUCAUGAUUCAUUUUAAGUGACCUUUAAAUUUAGAUCUAUUUAUUAUGCUUGCGUAAUGAUGGAAGUAAAGGAGUGGGUGACAGGCGGACUCUCACCCGUGAAUGUAGCCUGUGGAUUUGUGCACCUGACUGCUGGAAGUCAGACACUUACAUUGUUUCCUGUGUUUACAGUUCUGAUUCAUUCCUCCAAAAAGCCUGCUGUUUGGGAAAUGCACAGUUGACAUGUGGAAAUAAAAAGACCAUUUUUAAAUA